AUGUCGAGAAAGUCAUUUCCCGAAUCAGAAUUUGACGCUGAUUCGAAUGGUGGAAGUCUUGUCGCCAGCCGUUGCUUUGGUCCGGAGCCACGGUUGGGUAAAAAUUUGGCGAGAAGGGUGAAAUCCAAAAAAAUCUCUGGGAAGUCAUUUUCUGAAUCAGAAUUUGACUCUGAUUCGAAUGGUGGUAGUCUUGUCGCCAACCCUUGCUUUGGUCCGGAGCUAUGGUUGGGUGAAAAAUUGGCGAGAAGGGUGAAAUCCAAAAAAAUGUCUGGGAAGUCAUUUUCUGAAUCAGAAUUUGACGCUGAUUCGAAUGGUGGUAGUCUUGUCGCUAUCCGUUGCUUUGGUCCGGAGCUAUGGUUGGGUGAAAAUUUGGCGAGAAAGGUGAAAUCCCAAAAAAUGUCGAGAAAGUCAAUUCCCGAAUGCGAAUUUCACGCUGAUUCGAAUGGUGGUAGUCUUGUCGCCAACCGUUGCUUUUGUUCGGAGCUAUGGUUGGGUGAAAAAUUGGCGAGAAGGGUGAAAUCCAAAAAAUGUCUGGGAAGUCAUUUUCUGAAUCAGAAUUUGACGCUGAUUCGAAUGGUGGUAGUCUUGUCGCUAGCCGUUGCUUUGGUCCGGAGCUAUGGUUGGGUGAACUUUGGCGAGUAG